AUUAUACAGAGCCUAAAACAGACUCCAACUCCCAGCAGGCAUUGCGCCAGUUCACAUGUGAGGUUCGGUUGCUCAUCAGAAUCAUGGCUGUGUUUAUGGACCUGAACUUGGUGUUUUCUGCGGACAGAAGUCAUCUGCAGAGCAUGAUAGAGACGGCCGCUCAUCUUGGAUUCUCCACUGUUGCCGUCAACUAUGUGUUCGAACCAUCAACCAAGAAGAAACAGGAAAUUCCCUCGCCGGUGCCAAUCAGUGAACUGAUUGGUCAGCUGCCUGUGGUGCAGGGUCGCUCUCGUCCAAUCAGGGUGCUGAACAGGCUGACGGUGGUGAUCUCAGACGUCAGUCACUUUAGACCCACCGCUCCAGAAUAUCGGUGCUUCGACCUCCUCGCCGUCCAGCCGACCACAGAGAAACUCUUUCAUGCGGCCUGCAUGCUGUAUGACAUCGACAUCAUCUGCAUCACGGUGACGGAAAAACUUCCUUUCUUCUUCAAGAGAGCACCGAUCUACGGGGCCAUAGACAGAGGCUUGGUGUUUGAGAUUUCGUACGCUGCUGCCAUAAGGGACUCCACCAUGAGGCGCUACACCAUCGCCAACGCCCUCUGUCUGAUGGAGAGCUGCAAAGGAAAGAACGUGAUUCUGUCGAGUGCAGCGGUGAAGGCUUUGGAGCUCAGAGGACCGUAUGACAUCACCAACCUAGGUCAGCUGUUCGGUUUGUCGGACUCAGACUCUAAAGAAUCCGUCUCUUGGACCUGCAGAAGCGUUUUACUGCAUGCAGAAACCAGGAAGACAGCCAGCGGAGUUUUACACACCAUGAAGAUCCAGCAGGAGGCGCCGCAGGACUCAGCAGCAGACGGUGACGCUUCUGCAGCUAAAAGAUCCAAACCCACCUGACGGAGUGACUGACCGCUGAGGAGGCGGGGCCUCUCUGGUUUCUACUUUUGGUUUAUUUUUUUGCAUCUCUUGUUUUGUGAAACUGAAACUUGUAGUUUUGAUUAAAGAUGAACUUCCUGUUUGA